AUGGGUGGCGCUGUCGAGCUUGUGGUAGCAGAACUCAUACUAGUGCUAGUGUUGGCUACAGUCGGACUAGUCACAGUAGAGGUCGAGGUUGUAGUGCUUGACCCUGGUGAAGUCGCGGCUGUCGUGCUUGAGACUGUGCUCGAAGUCGAGCCUAUUGAGCUCGCGCUGGAAAAACCCGCUGAGCUUGGGGUUGAACUGGCCGCGGAGGAGCCUGUCAGAGACGUCGACAACGGGUUAUUGGAGGCCGAGCUUGAGGUAGUCGACCCGAAGCUAGCACUCGAGGUUGCGGUGCCAGCAACACUCGAACUACUCGUACUUGAUGUAAACACAGGGGAAAUCGUGGUCGUACUCGGCCCUAUAAGUGUGGUCGAAGUCAGCCCUGCGGAACUCGUGGUCGUCGCAAUUAGAGAAGGUGUUGAGAUCGACGAUGCAAAUGAAGAAGAAGCCGAAGUUGACGUGGUAACUGGAGUGGCGGAAGCGGUUGAUGUGGUUCCAAGAGAGCUCGCAAUUGUUCCAACCGACGUGGAAGCUAGAUCAUCGAACAGAAGGUGGGCUAAAAAUAACAUUGACUUACCCGUGGAAGUUGUGGCCGAAGUGCCUGACGCUGCGGAAUUCGAGCUUGCGACACUGGAAGAUGAUGAAACCGGGGUCGACGGGCCUGAUGCUAAAGUAGUAGGGCCAGAUGAUGACGAAAGAGCGCUGGUCGACACUGACGAAGGAGCGCUGAUCGAUAUCGAUGAAGGAGCGCUGGUCGGCGGCGAUGAAGAAGCGCUGGUCAACAUUGACGAGGCUAAUCCAGUCGUUGUCGCGAAUGCCCCAGCACUUGUUGUGACACCACUUGCCAUUGAGGAUCCUCCAACAGAACUUCCAGGUGCGAAGGAGGCCGAAGAGACCGAUGAUACUGAUGAGGAGACCGUGCUAGUACCCAUUGUGAUAGGUAUACUGGAGGUCGAUGAGACUGACAGUGAUGAUGACGCGACCGUACUGGUAUACGUUGAUAUAGCUAUACUCGAGGUCGAUGGGCCUGGCGGCGCUGAAGAGGCGGCUAUGCUAGUGCCUGUUGACGCUGCCAGACUUGAGGUCGCAGCAGAGAUUGAUGUUGUGCCGCCAGAAGGACUGCUCAGCGUCGUAGUACCACCGUUGCUCGUGCUCGAAGCCGGAAUUGAAGAACCGAUGGUUGUGAAUACUACCAUUGAAGAGGUAGCUACCGAGCUGGCCAGAUCCGACGAAGUAGUGCCAGGUGCUAUAGUGCUAGCCACUGUAGUAGACAAAGGCCCAGUCGAUGCCAGUGAGGUCGAAGGGAAGGCCGUACUGGACAUGGAGUUUGCAGCCGACGAGAGCGCAGUCGUACCACUAGGUGCGCUGCUCGAAGGACUCAAGGUCGAGGAAGGACCAGAAGAAAAUGCAGAAGGACUAGAAGAACUUGUGGAAGCCACAAGGAGAGACGUACCAGAGCUUAGAAGAGAGCUGGCACUAGUCGUGCUGCCCAUAGCAGUGGAUGUAGCAACGUUACUAGUUGUAGAAGAGGCUACAAUAGAAGUUUGGGUCGUCCCUUGGCCUGUCGUCACCACAGAAGUAGUCACCAAAGCGCUCGUUGUCGUAGAGCUGGGGCUCGAAGAAGUUGUCGACACCGGAUUGACUGUCGUCGAGCUAGGACCUGAGGAACUCGUUGACCCCAUGUUAUUCAUCGUAGAGCUAGGGCUUGAGGCACUCGUCGAUCCCGGGUUUCCCGUUGUGGUAGCGCUCGUUGGGACAGUACUGGUCGGCUGGGAGCUUGCUGCCGAGACACUUGUGCUUGAUCCACUGGGCGUAGAGGCUGGAGAGGAAGUAGCAACAGCUGUCGUGGGUGCAUUUGUCGAUGAAGUUCCGGCUACCAACGCUGAGGACGACGUAGUUGCUACUAUAGAGCUGCUGUUUGGGGACGGGGAUGUAGUGCUUGAAGUGGGGAUGACAGUGGAUGAGGAAGGAGAGGAAGAGACUAUACCUGCUGAAGUCGUCGAGCCGGGAUUGCUCGUACCCUGA